CCCGCCGGCCUCGCGCUAGCCUGUCCGGACCCGCGGCUCGACCGCGGAGCCGCGUCCGAGUCAGGCUCUCGGCAGGAAACAAUGAAGGGAGACACCAGACAACUCAACAGAGAGGAGGAUGCCAGCGGAAGGGAGGACUCCAUCAUCACCAAUGGGGGCUGCAGCGACCAGUCUUCUGACUCCAAGGAUGCACCCUCACCCCCAAUCCUGGAGGCUGUCAGCACCCCUGAGAUAAGAGGCCGCAGAUCAAGUUCACGACUGUCCAGGAGGGAGGUCUCCAGCCUGCUAAGUUAUACUCAGGAUUUGACGGGCGAGGGAGAUGAAGGGGAAGAUGGCGAUGGCGCUGACACUCCAGUGAUGCCAAAACUGUUCCGGGAAACCAGAACUCGAUCUGAAAGCCCUGCUGUUCGAACCCGAAAUAGCACCAGUGCCUCUAGCCGAGAGAGGCACAGGCCCUCCCUACGUUCCACCCGAGGCCGGCAGGGCCGCAAUCACGUGGACGAGUCCCCCGUGGAGUUCUCAGCUACCAGGUCCCUGAGACGGCGGGCAGCGUCCUCGGCAGGCACACCGUGGCCGUCCCCUGACAGCUCCUACCUCACCAUCGACCUCACAGAUGACAGUGUGGUGCCCCAGAGCAGCAGCACCCCUUACUCCCGCCUGGCCCAGGACAGCCAGCAGGAGAACUUGGACUUCUCACAGGUGGAUGCAGACGGCAGAGAUGCGGAUGGCACCGAGUAUCAGGAUGGGAAGGAGUUUGGAAUAGGGGACCUUGUGUGGGGAAAGAUCAAGGGCUUCUCCUGGUGGCCUGCCAUGGUGGUGUCUUGGAAGGCUACCUCCAAGCGCCAGGCCAUGUCCGGGAUGCGGUGGGUCCAGUGGUUUGGCGAUGGCAAGUUCUCCGAGGUCUCCGCAGAUAAGCUGGUGGCCUUGGGGCUAUUCAGCCAGCACUUUAAUCUGGCGACCUUCAAUAAACUGGUCUCUUAUAGGAAGGCCAUGUACCACGCUCUGGAGAAAGCCAGGGUGCGGGCUGGCAAGACCUUCCCCAACAGCCCCGGAGACUCAUUGGAGGACCAGCUGAAGCCCAUGUUGGAGUGGGCCCAUGGGGGCUUCAAGCCCACCGGGAUCGAGGGCCUUAAACCCGACAACAAGCAACCAGUGGUUAAUAAGUCGAAGGUGCGUCGUGCAGGCAGUGGGAACUUAGAAUCAAGGAAAUACGAGAACAAGACUCGAAGACGCACGGCUGACGACUCCACCGCCUCCGCUGACUACUGCCCCCCACCCAAGCGCCUCAAGACAAAUUGCUAUAACAAUGGCAAAGACCGAGGAGAGGAGGACCAGAGUCGAGAGCAAAUGGCUUUGGACGUUGCCAACAACAAGAGUAGUCUGGAAGACAGCUGUUUGUCCUGUGGUAGGAAAAACCCUGUGUCCUUCCACCCUCUCUUUGAGGGUGGGCUCUGCCAGACGUGCCGGGACCGGUUCCUUGAGCUGUUCUACAUGUACGAUGACGAUGGCUAUCAGUCCUACUGCACCGUGUGCUGCGAGGGCCGCGAGCUGCUCCUAUGCAGCAACACGAGCUGCUGCCGGUGCUUCUGUGUGGAGUGCCUGGAGGUGCUGGUGGGCACAGGCACAGCAGCAGAUGCCAAGUUGCAGGAGCCCUGGAGCUGCUACAUGUGCCUCCCUCAGCGCUGUCAUGGGGUCUUGCAGCGCCGGAAGGACUGGAAUGUGCGCCUGCAGUCCUUCUUUACCAGCGACACGGGUCUCGAAUAUGAAGCCCCCAAGUUAUACCCUGCGAUUCCUGCAGCCCGAAGGCGGCCCAUUCGAGUCUUGUCCCUCUUUGAUGGGAUUGCCACAGGGUACUUGGUCCUCAGAGAACUGGGCAUCAAAGUAGAAAAGUACGUCGCUUCUGAAGUAUGUGAAGAGUCCAUUGCUGUUGGCACUGUUAAGCACGAAGGCAAUAUCAAAUAUGUGAAUGACGUCAGGAACAUCACAAAAAAAAAUAUUGAAGAAUGGGGCCCCUUUGACUUGGUGAUUGGUGGAAGCCCAUGUAAUGAUCUCUCAAAUGUGAACCCUGCCAGGAAAGGCCUGUACGAGGGCACAGGCCGACUUUUCUUCGAGUUCUACCACCUGCUGAAUUACUCACGCCCCAAGGAGGGUGAGGACCGACCCUUCUUCUGGAUGUUUGAGAAUGUGGUAGCCAUGAAGGUUGGCGACAAGAGGGACAUCUCUCGGUUCCUGGAGUGUAAUCCAGUGAUGAUUGAUGCCAUCAAAGUGUCUGCUGCUCAUCGGGCCCGCUACUUCUGGGGCAACCUGCCUGGGAUGAACAGGCCUGUGAUAGCAUCAAAGAAUGAUAAACUCGAGCUGCAGGACUGCUUGGAGUUCAAUAGGACAGCAAAGUUAAAGAAAGUACAGACAAUAACCACCAAGUCGAACUCGAUCAGACAGGGGAAAAACCAACUUUUCCCUGUUGUCAUGAAUGGCAAAGAAGAUGUUUUGUGGUGCACUGAGCUAGAAAGGAUCUUCGGCUUUCCCGUACACUACACGGACGUGUCCAACAUGGGCCGUGGGGCCCGCCAGAAGCUGCUCGGGAGGUCCUGGAGUGUGCCUGUCAUCCGACACCUCUUCGCCCCCUUGAAGGACUACUUUGCCUGUGAAUAG